UGCCAUUCAGGGAUGGGGAAAGAUGCAGGAAAUCUUGUGAACGCGAAUGUGUAGCCAUUGUAGACUACUAUCAGCUACUAUCAAUACCGCUAACUUUUGGGCAGACAUUUCUGAUUCAGUCACGAGCGUACAAGCCGACAAGACAUGGAACAUUUUAUACAAUCAGCGAAAAACCCUAACAGACCUGAAAGACAGAGAGAGGGUCCCAAGGCCGGGUGGGCAGCGACUUGUCUGGGCUAACUUGUUAGUUACCUCAGCUAGCCAACGUCGCGUUACGCGUUGGAAAAAAGUGUUUGUAAGCUACUUUAGAUGUUGCCUUCAGCAGCCGAGCGCGCUAAAUAGCAUUUAACGUUACUCAUUGCAAACAAACAAGUAGUGCUAAUUGUCGUAUGGGCCAGUGCAUUUACUCUGAGGAAACUGGAUGUUGACAGGUGUGGUUGGUUACCUCGCCAAGACAAACCGAGACCUGUCCAGUCAGACAAAAGGUGACGUUGACACCUGCUUUGACAUCCACUGACUCGUGCACUUGAUGAAUUCAACGAUGGAGUCAUCAGACCAGACGUCUGCCACAGAACUGAUGGGUCGAUAUGUCUCAUCGGAGUUGGGAUACAACGUGCCGAAAGAGGGAUGGAGGAUCUGCCUGGCACAUGAGUUUAAAGAGAAGCGGAAGCCUUUCCAGGCCAAAGAUGUGUCGCUCUCCAACAUCAUGGAGCACAUCGGCCUUGGCAUCAGGUAUCUGAAAUGGUGGUAUCGAAAGACCCAGGUGGAAAAGAAGGCGCCAUUUAUAGACAUGUUCCGUGCUUUGCCUCUGCGACAGAUUUAUGGUGCUCCAUUGGGAGGUAUUGGAGGAGGUACCAUCACCCGUGGUUGGCGGGGGGAGUUCUGCAGGUGGCAGCUCAACCCUGGAAUGUACCAUUACAAAACUGUGAUCACUAACCAGUUUACAGUGUGCCUGCGUCGGGGCGGUCAGACGGUGUACCAGCAGGUGCUGAGCGUGGAGCACCCCCCGGCCCUGCAGGGCUGGAACUGGGGCCUCUGCGGCCAAUACGCAUUCUACCACGCACUCUACCCCCGCGCCUGGACUGUCUACGACUUGCCCGGCCAGAACGUCACACUCACCUGCCGACAGGUGUCUCCAGUCAUCCCGCAUGACUACAAGGACUCCAGUCUCCCAGUGGCAGUGUUUGUGUGGGAUGUGGAGAACAGGAAUGACUAUGAUCUGGACGUAUCCAUCAUGUUUACACUGCUCAAUGGUUCGGGACACAAGGACGACAAGAGUGGGGGACACUGGAAUGAACCAUUUCACCUGGAGAAGGAGGGAGAGGCUGUGUCAGGGGUGUUGCUGCACCACUGCACACCUGUAAACCCUUACACACUCUGUAUGGCAGUCAGGGAACAGCCCGGUCGGGAGGUGAGUCAUCAGACGGCGUUCAGCCCAAAGGGGACGUGCAGUGCCCUGUGGACUGACCUCAUCACUGAUGGACGUCUGGACUCGCCAACAGGCUCCAGCCCCCCCACACAGAAGGGGGAGAAGGUUGCAGCUGCUCUGGUGGCCACAUGUGUGGUGUCGGCACAUGGACACAACAGCCUGGAGAUCAGUCUGGCCUGGGACAUGCCCCUCAUACAGUUCGGCUCCAGAGAGCGGAGACACAGCAGGAGAUACACACGAUACUUUGGCACUGAGGGGAAUGCUGCACCUGAGCUCUCACUCUACGCUCUCACACACUACAGAGACUGGGAGAAGGCCAUUGAGGAGUGGCAGAGACCAAUCCUGCAGGACAGCUCCCUUCCCUCCUGGUACAAAUCUGCCCUGUUCAAUGAGCUCUACUUUGUGGCGGAUGGUGGAACAGUGUGGGUGGAACUUCCAGAGGACGCUGAUGUCAGUGGUGGUCUCCGUAGCAAUGAAGGGGGUCUCCCCGCCCAGCCUCCUGUCGUUAAGGAGUAUGGGCGCUUUGCCUACCUUGAGGGACAGGAGUACAGGAUGUACAACACAUAUGAUGUGCACUUCUACGCAUCCUUUGCGCUCAUCAUGCUGUGGCCCAAACUAGCGCUUAGUCUGCAGUAUGACAUUGCUGGUAGCGUGGUGCAGAGCGACCCCACUGAGAGACUUGUCCUCAUGAGCGGUCGCCACUCCUCAGUGAAGACCCGUAAUGUCGUCCCUCAUGACAUCGGCGACCCAGACGAUGAGCCAUGGACUCGUGUGAACGCCUACCUGAUCCACGACACCGCUGACUGGAAGGACCUCAACCUGAAGUUUGUGCUGCAGGUGUACCGAGACUACCACCUGACCAAGGACAUGCAGUACCUCUCUGACAUGUGGCCUGUCUGCCAGGCGGUGAUGGAGUCUGAGAUGAAGUUUGACCGGGACGGCGAUGGGCUCAUUGAGAACUCGGGCUAUGCAGAUCAAACUUAUGACGGCUGGACAGUCACUGGACCUAGUGCUUACUGCGGGGGUCUGUGGCUGGCGUCCGUGUGCAUGAUGUGUAAGAUGGCGCGGGUGCUGGGCAGUGACGACGUGUACCACCGCUACAGAGACGUACUGGACAGAGGCAGCACUGCCUUCGACAAGCUGCUGUGGAACGGCCAGUACUACAACUAUGACAGCAGUGGGCGGGACUUGUCCAACAGUGUGAUGUCAGACCAGUGCGCAGGACACUGGUUCUUACGAGCAUCCGGAUUGGGCGAAGACGAAUUCCAGGCCUUUCCCCAGCAGAAAAUCCGUAGUGCUCUGAAGUCUGUGUUUGACCUGAACGUGAUGAAGUUUGCAAGUGGGCAGAUGGGCGCAGUAAACGGCAUGCGGCCAGAGGGAGUGCCAGACCAAUCCAGUGUCCAAUCGGAUGAGGUGUGGGUGGGUGUCGUUUAUGGUCUGGCCGCUACCAUGAUCCACGAGGGUAUGCUGGAGGAGGGCUUGAAGACCGCAGAGGGCUGCUACAGGACUGUGUGGGAACGCCUGGGCAUGGCCUUCCAGACUCCCGAGGCAUACUGUGAGAAGGGCAUCUAUCGCUCCCUGGCCUACAUGCGACCACUUAGCGUCUGGGCCAUACAGCUGGCACUGGAAAACCGCACCGCACGGACUGAACAUGCCCAGAAAGACCAAUGUGUCCAAGAGGUCACAGAUCAGAAUGAACAUGACCAAGAAGAACUGAACCAUUAAGUCAAAACACCAGCCAAGCUCUCUGAAUUGACUUUGACUAAGUUAUGCACAUAUACACACUGAAGUAUACAUGCAUGAAUGCAGACAGACUGAUUGGAUACAAACUAAGGCACACACGGUUCUCAGUUAGUGCCCUAUGUAUAUUAUUUCCACAAUAGCAUUCUCAUAACAUUUCAGAACAGAUAUACAGAUCUCCAUAUUCUAAUUGAUGACCAUGCACUGGAUCCCUCAAAAGAUUUACACAUUCCAAACACACACAUACACAACAUGAGACACCAGUAAAAGACACACAUUAAAACACACGCACACACAUCCUUAUAUAUGUCUACCUGAAUCUCCUGACCUUUAUUACCCACUAAAAACUGAAAGUUCUUGCACUUGAGACAAUCUAUGGGACACUAUUGUCCUACGAUGCAACUGGACUAAUGACAAGCCUCUCAACUGCUGCUUUCUCAGACUCAAGAUAUGUGUUGCUUCUGGUCAUAUGCUCUACCACGAGAAAGACAAAAAUAUCAACCUUUACCACCCUGAUUGUUUACACCUUUGAGAAGUGAGGACCAUUGCAGAGGAAAGGAAGAACAUUGAUUUACUAUUUACACAUAAAUGAAAACAUAGUCUUGUCUAGAGAAUGCAAUAGAGGGUUUCAUUACAAAUUUACUUGAAUUGAAGUUUAUUUGUUAUUGUUUGUAACAGCCUCAUUUUUUUCCAAUGAAUGUUUUGGCAGCUCUGAGUGUGCCUGCCUGUGUGAUGUAGCAUCUAAGCCUGUGAUGUAUGCAAUCUUUUACUGAGAUAACAAGUACCACAACAUUAAAGAUCACUGAGAAGACAAGAGAAGUUCACGCUGUGAAAAUAAGAAGG